AUGGUGUCGCAUCUGCAACUCUGUCAGCGCGCAUUGGUGUCCGCCCUUCUAGCGGUGGCAGCCGUCCUGAACGUGGAGCCAAGCGUUAGCAGAGAUUCAGACCCACCAUGCCUGCGUGCAGCGUAUGGCACAGUUCUACGCAAAGCACGGGGCCGCACCGAUGGUGAGGCUUUGACAAGGCUACGUGCUGCAAAGGUCUCGUGGGAACAGGCUUUGAACCACAAGGGCCCCCAAGGCAGACCAGCGAGCAACGAAGCAGUGUACCGCAUUGAAUGUUCCGCGGUGCUGCUCACCUAUCAGUCCUUCACCUCCUUGGACCAAUGGCGCAGGUUUGCCAACUGUGUGAAAGCCAACGCACCUCUGGGAACUGGACUUGUGGAGGCCGUGGCCGACACAUCUCCAUCUGGGGCUGUUGAGCAUGUUGCGCAUCGCUGUUCCCUUGGAUUGGAUUUCCAGAACCAACGCAAAGUGGUGAUUCUGCGGGAUGUGCAAGGCUUAUCAUUUGUGGACAUAGCUGCCCAAGUGAAAAAUUUGGCUGGCAAGCAGCCAUCUCCAAGGACUUGCUGUCAGUACUACAAGCAAUUUUCUGUGUCACGUGGCAGGAAAAAAACUGCUUACAACAAUUGUGGCCGUCGGCCUUGGAAGCUGACAACAGCCACGCAAGGAUUUGUGUUGCGCUCCCUGCGGAGGAUGAGAAAGCAAGGGAUGUGCACCACAAAGUCUUUGCAAGCUGAGCUGGCCCGGGCCCGUGGUGUAGCAGUUGAUCAAAGUACAAUCCGCAAGUUCUUGCAGGCACAAGGCUACAGAUGGCUACCUCGAGGGCAAAAGCGCAAGUACACUCCCCAGCAAAUGAGCGAGAGGAAGGCAUUUGCCGAAGCUGUCGUGGCACUCGGGCCGUGUCGGCUGCGGCAGAAGUUGUCUUUCUCCAUGGAUGGCUGCGUCCUAACCAUGCCUCCCAAAAAUCUGACUGAGAGGCUUAACUACCUUCACUCUGGCCAAACCCACAUGUGGCGAUUGAAGUCAGAAAGGCUAGAGCCUUCUCUGGCGGGGCAGGAUUGCUUCGCAAAGCAGAGCCCCUUGGAUAGAUGCAUCCCGCUGUGGGGUGGCUUGAGCGAAGGAGGUUUCGCAACAGUAGUCUUCCAUGCAAAGAAGAAGCUCACCAAGGCUGAGUGGAUCCGUGUCUUGCAAGCUGGAAAGGUGGCGUCUGCAAUCAAGAGCCUACGCCCGGUCAAAAAGGAUGCAUUGAAGAAGAGGCCGUGGAUUGGCAAGUGGGCUUACAAAACCAGAAUCAAGAAUCUGCUGAAGUCCGCGCAUGCACAAAAUGCGGCGAAGCGGAUCGCCAAAGGCUACAUCAAAACCUGCCGGGAGGUAGUCCGUAAAGGUGGUGCUGCAUCCUCUGGCUAA